AUGCCUAUAACCGAUCGAGAAAUCUCUCCAGAAAGCAAUCGCUACCCGUUUUGCAUCGUUUGGACACCAAUUCCAUGUAUAACCUGGUUCUUCCCGUUCAUCGGCCAUAUGGGAAUCGCGAAUAGUCGUGGUGUGAUCCGCGACUUUGCUGGCAGUUACUACGUAGCGGAGGAUGACAUGGGAUUCGGUUGGCCGACUCGCUACUGGCAACUGGCUCCCGAGCACACCGAGGUUGGCAUCGAAGGAUUUGAUCGGGCGGUUCAGGAAGCUUCCGAGGAGUAUAAGACAAGAAUGCACAACCUGAUCUGCGACAAUUGUCAUAGCCACGUGGCAUUGGCCCUUAACAAAAUGAGAUAUCAGGAUCGUGAGGACUGGAAUAUGGUCAAUCUGUGUUGGUAUGCGCUCGUCAAGGGAAGCUUCGUCCGUACCACCGAUAUCUUUGCUCAAUUCCUUCCAUUCUGUAUUAUCAUCAUUCUUUUGAUUGCUGUCGCUUUGUUUGUGUGA